GGAUCACAGCACCCUCCUGAAAACUGCAGCUUCCUUCUCACCUUGAAGAAUAAUCCUAGAAAACUCACAAAAUGUGUGAUGCUUUUGUAGGUACCUGGAAACUUGUCUCCAGUGAAAACUUUGAUGAUUAUAUGAAAGAAGUAGGAGUGGGCUUUGCCACCAGGAAAGUGGCUGGCAUGGCCAAACCUAACAUGAUCAUCAGUGUGAAUGGGGAUGUGAUCACCAUUAAAUCUGAAAGUACCUUUAAAAAUACUGAGAUUUCCUUCAAACUGGGCCAGGAAUUUGACGAAGUCACCGCAGAUGACAGGAAAGUCAAGAGCACCAUAACCUUAGAUGGGGGUGUCCUGGUACAUGUGCAGAAAUGGGAUGGAAAAUCAACCACCAUAAAGAGAAAACGAGAGGAUGAUAAACUGGUGGUGGAAUGCAUCAUGAAAGGCAUCACUUCCACGAGAGUUUAUGAGAGAGCAUAAGCCAAGGGAUGUUGACCUGGACUGAAGUUUGCAUUGAACUCUACAACAUUCUGUUGGAUAUAUUGUUCAAAAAGAUAUCGUUUUCCACGAUUUAGCAAGCAACUAAUUUUCUCCCAAGCUGAUUUUAUUCAAUAUGGUUAUGUUGGUUAAAUAAACUUUUUUUAGAUUUAGAA